UAUAUAAGUAUCUAUCGCUGUGAGUUGAACUAGCAGUUUAGUAUAUGAUUUCGUUCUACUACGAUUCAACGAAAAUAAGUGUGCAUAUAUUACUACUCGAAGAAAGCUAAAAUGAAAACUAUCAUUUUCAUCGCUUGCGUAUUGGUAAUAGUUCGUGCCGGUGAAGCUGUAACUGGGAAAGAUUUUAGAAAUUACUUAACGGAAUGUGAGAAAUUAUUGCCGAAAGUCCCGAAUCUGUCAAAGGAGAAUAAUCCUGUUGUGGUCUAUUGUGCGUACAAGAGAACUGGCCUAAUCAGUGAUAACAGUCCAAUCGAUAAAGACAUCCUUGAUCAUAAUUGUGAAGUUCUCAUCUCGAAUUCGGCCAAUGUAGAACGGUGCAAAAGUGUAAUUAACAUGUGCGUCGAUAAAGUACUAAAAGAAAACGCAGCAAACGAUAUCCUGACCCAGAAAAUAAAUUUAAUAACUUGUGGAAUAACAAACGAUUUAGUGGGACUUGUCGAUUCAUAAAAAUAAAAAGGGAACUUAUUGAUACAUAUAUAUACUUCUUUUAUUUCAUGUAAUACUUCUUUUAUUAAACGCAAUUUUUAUCUGAAUGAAACAGAUACUAGCAGUAAA